AUGCAAAAGACAUUCCACGAGGCAAUGAGAAAUCGCCGCACUUCCUUGCCGGCCACGAGCCUCAGCUUGAGCAAGACCACACCGGUGACAAUCUCGAACAUCACUGAGGCUCGAGGUAUCCUCGUCGAUUUGAUGGCCGGCAAGGAAUUACCGCCAAAUGUGCUGGGAUGUCUCAGAGCCGUCGCGACACUAUUGACGCCAUCUACUCCGCUUCCGGCUGCUAAAGACCAAAAAAUGACAAGCGAGGCGCAGCGUGUGCGCGACGCAUCCAAGGAGCGGAGAAUUUCGCAUUUAUUAACCCUUUUUCCGGCCUCCCUCUCCACACACCACACCGAUUUCGGGUUGCCUUGCGUCGUCGAGAACCCGUACAGCGGAGAGCAGCUACUCGUCUCUGGGACGUCCAAACCACGCGUAUCGAACAUCACCUUUUCCACCGUCACCUCAGCUACCGGAUUACCGACGAUAGCCGCCGAGCCGAAUCGCCCGAGGUCGAGCAGGUCAGAGAGCUACUGGAAGCCAGAAACUCCAUCAACAAACGGACCCGAAUCGAUCCACGACAGCGCCAGUUGCCAUCGAUUGGAUGUUGCCGCGAGCUCGAACUCGGUGUCGGCCGAAGAUUCUACCGCGCGGGUUGCAACAGAAAACCACGUUGAAGUCGAGGAGGAUCGCGAAAAUGAGCCCUGUUCUUCUGAUGCGGUGUAUGCGACAGGGAAAGUCGAGUUCUGCCCGAAAGAAAUCAACGAAGACCCCUAUUGGGCCCAACUACCCGAUUGGAAUUUCCCUAUUUUUGACAUGUACGAGAAAAAUAAGGAAACAUGUCUGUCAAGGCUGACGUACCGCAUCUUCCAACAGGCCGAUUUGUUCCGCAUCUUUCGGCUGAAUCACCAAAAAUUCUUCAACUACUUCCACGCACUCGAGCAGGGGUACUGGAAUAUUCCAUAUCACAACCGCCUCCACGCCUCUGAUGUGCUACACGGCGUGUACUAUUUGACGUGCAACUCGGUACACCCCCAAUUCGGGCAGGGCGUUCCCGCGGAUAGCCAAGAUGAAGCCUGCCCGCCACAGCCAAAAUCCCUCAGGGAUUCGCCGGCAAUUACCGUAUCCGAGACGAUGAGCGCCUUGGAGUUGAUGGCCCUCUACACGGCGGCGGCGAUGCACGAUUAUGAUCAUCCCGGGCGGACAAAUGCGUUUUUGGUGGCCAAUGAGGCGCCGAUGGCCAUUCUCUACAACGAUCGCUCCGUGCUGGAGAACCACCACGCCGCCGAGUCGUGGAAAUUGCUGCAAGAUCCGGAUAAUUUCUUCCUCGAUACCCUGGAUGCCGCCGAGAUCAAGAGGUUCAGAUACCUCGUGCUCGAGUACAUCCUGGCCACCGACUUGAAGCAGCACUUCGACAUCAUCAUUUCGUUCAACGACAGGGUCUCCUCCUCGCUCGACAUGAACAACGAGGCCGACCGCAUGCUUGUCUCCAAGCUGGUGAUCAAGCUGGCGGACAUCAACAGCCCGUGCAAGCCGUACAAUCUGCAUUUGAAGUGGACCGAGAGGAUUUGCGAGGAAUUUUACAUGCAGGGAGCGGAGGAAGAGAAGCGGGGGAUAACGAUCACUGCGUAUAUGGAUCGCUCGAAUCCGCAGGUUGCCAAGCUCCAAGACAGCUUCAUCUCUCAUGUCGUCUCCCCGUUAAGUUGUUGCAUGAAUGAGGCCGGCCUACUCCCCAUCCUUCCCGGUCUCGAGGAGCCCGAGAUCAUGAUCAACCUCCGACAUAACCAUGCCAAAUGGCUGUCCGAGAUUGUGCCGGAGCCCGAAGAGGAGGAAGAGCUCCCAGAACCCCAACCCGAGCAAGAACAAGAUCAGCAAAGUUGCUCCUCCUCUGGCGUCGGCACUGGGAAUGGAACGAUCGAAGUAAGAAAAAAAGAGGAAUGCUCGCCGAUCAGCGAGAGUCCCGAGAAACUCGAGAGGGCCACCACGUCCGAUGAGUCGGACCAGGCUGAUGCUCAGGGACCCGAGUUGCAGAUCGACUUCGAGAUGUGCACGAUUCCGGAGGAGGAGUACCUU